AUGCCCACCGCCACCCCCGACCUCCGCCGCGCCGGCUGUCAUCACCGCGCCUCCGGGGCUCGACGUGCUCUCGGAGGAAGAGAUGAAGAAGAAGAAGGCAGGGUGAGGAGGGGGGUCGUUCAAGAAGAAGGUGUCGAACAGGUUCCGGAGCUCGCUGACGAAGAAGGGUCGCCGGAACAGCAGGGUGAUGUCGAUCGACGCCGAGGAGCUGAGGGCCGUGGAUGCUUUCCGGCAGGCUUUGAUUCUCGACGAGCUUCUUCCGGCGAGGCACGACGAUCACCACAUGAUGCUUAG